GGAGGAUUGAGGCAAGGGCACCUGCGCCGCCGGAAGGAGCUCGUCGCUUCACGGCUCAGGGACCCGGGCUGGAGGGCAGGGGAUCAGCUAUGGAGCAACCUGAGCAGGACCCCACCUCAGACGACGUCAUGGACUCGUUCCUGGACAAGUUUCAGAGCCAGCCUUACCGUGGCGGCUUUCAUGAAGACCAGUGGGAGGAGGAAUUUGAAAAGGUCCCCCUAUUUAUGAAGAAAGCACCAUCAGAAAUUGACCCCAGGGAGAAUCCUGACUUGGCUUGUCUCCAGUCAAUUAUUUUUGAUGAAGAUCGUUCUCUAGAAGAACAGGCCAAGACCUAUAAAGAUGAGGGCAAUGAUUACUUUAAAGAAAAAGACUACAAGAAAGCUGUGAUUUCCUACACUGAAGGAUUAAAGAAGAAAUGUGCAGAUCCUGAUUUGAAUGCUGUCCUUUAUACCAACCGGGCAGCAGCACAAUACUAUCUGGGCAAUUUUCGUUCUGCUCUCAAUGAUGUGACAGCUGCCAGAAAGCUAAAACCCUGCCACCUCAAAGCAAUAAUAAGAGGUGCCUUAUGCCAUCUGGAACUGAAACACUUUGCUGAGGCCGUGAACUGGUGUGAUGAAGGACUGCAGAUAGAUGCCACAGAGAAGAAGCUUCUGGAAGUGAGGGCUAAAGCAGACAAGCUGAAGAGAAUUGAACAGAGGGAUGUGAGGAAAGCCAGCUUGAAAGAAAAGAAGGAGAGGAAUCAGAAUGAGGCUUUACUCCAGGCCAUCAAGGCUAGGAAUAUCAGGCUCUCUGAAGGUGCCUGUGAGGAUGAAGAUUCAGCCUCAGAAGGUCUAGGUGAGCUUUUCCUGGAUGGACUCAGCUCUGAGAACCCCCAUGGGGCCAGGCUGAGUCUAGAUGACCAGGGCAGGCUGAGCUGGCCUGUGCUCUUUCUGUACCCAGAGUAUGCCCAGUCGGACUUCAUCUCUGCUUUUCAUGAGGACUCCAGGUUUUUUGAUCAUCUAAUGGUGAUGUUUGGUGAAACACCCUCUUGGGACCUAGAGCAAAAAUAUUGCCCUGAUAAUUUGGAGGUCUACUUUGAGGAUGAGGACAGGGCAGAACUGUACCGGGUGCCUGCCAAGAGCACCUUGCUGCAGGUUCUACAGCACCACAGGUACUUUGUAAAAGCCCUGACACCAGCAUUUUUGGUCUGUGUAAGAUCCUCUCCUUUUUGCAAGAAUUAUCUCCGGGGGAGAAAGGUGCACCAGAUAAGAUGACUGAGUCAGGCCCCCUGGAUCUCCUCCUUCACCCUCCUCUGCUGGGAACCUAGCACAUCUGAAUCAGCUGGACAUACUGCUGGAGUCCAAUGCUUUAUUUCUGUCACCCUGACGAUAGUCCUUCC